AUGACGGCUAUCUCUGAUUAUGAGAUUCUCAAGAAACGUCGAUCUAUCGAUGCUAAUGUUGGUUGGUGUCAUGUUUCCACCACCAAAAGAUACUCAGAUGCAUCGGAAAAAAUUGAAAAGGAAAGCACGAAUUUCAGUGGCUUUCAAGUUCUGCCUUCAAAGGUAGAAUCUGUGAGACUUAUCUUUAAAAGACAUCCAGACAUUGCAGUUGAGUUCCGUGCAAAGAACCAACAUCUGAGGAAAGCAUGUAUGGAUUUCCUGCUUAGCUUAAUCGAGACGAUGUGCCAAUCACUCGAGGAGCUAUCCAAUGAAGAUCUUGUGGAAGCAGACGUUGCACUGACGUACUUGAGAGACGCUGGUUUUAAGGUGGAUUGGUUGGAGAAGAAGUUGGACCAUGUGAAAGUAAAGAAGGAGAAAGAACAAUUUUGUGUGGCUCGGCUACAAGAGAUGGAGGAUAGUUUACUGGAGUUAUGGAAAAAGUGUUCAGACCUGGAUGCCUUAGUGGAGAAAGAAGAGGAAGAGUUGUCGGACACAAGAACUCCUCUGUCAUUAGAUGAUGUUGUUUGA